AUGAUUGUCCAAGAUUCCGAUAUUAUUCAAAAAAUCAAUUAUUAUUUACCUGAUCAAAUCCGUGUAUGGGGUUAUGUGGAGACUCAAAAGUCAUUUCAUGCAAAGAAAUUAUGCGAUUCAAGGAAAUAUGAAUACCUUUUACCAACUUAUACCCUGAUGCCACUAUUUGAUCAACAGCAACUACAACAACAAAAAGAAGAAAUAUGGAAAUUAAAACAACAAUUUAGAAUAUCAAAAGCUCGAUUGGAUCAAUUUAAACAAGUCAUGACAAGGUUUAUUGGAACCCAUAAAUUUCACAACUACACUAUUAAACAUGAUGACAGCGAAAUGUAUGUGAAGCGACAUAUUAAAUCUAUCAUUGUGGAUGAUCCUCAAGUGGUGAAUGAUAAUCAAAUGGAAUGGAUACGAAUUCAUCUACAUGGUCAAUCCUUUAUGUUACAUCAAAUACGAAAAAUGAUAUCGAUGGCGAUACUUACUCUACGAACGGAAACUCCUCUAUCCAUUAUUGAUCGAACAUUUGAAGAUGGGAAAAUCAACAUUCCAAAAGCUCCUGCAUUAGGAUUAUUAUUGAAUCAACCGGUAUAUGAUGGAUAUAAUGCAAAGAUUGAUCUUGACCAAAGAGAACCUAUUCUUUUUGACAAAUACAAGGUUGCCAUGGAAUCGUUCAAGAAAUCAUAUAUUGAUGAUACUAUUUUCAAGACAGAAAUGGAACAUAGAAUAUUUGAUGAAUUUCUUGAUACAUUUGAUAAACAUUAUCCUAUAGAUUUAGAUUAUAAACGUGCUCAAGAAUCUAUUGAUACUGUUAAUCAAUUGAUUCAUGCUAUUGCUGCACUUGCACAUAUUGAACAACCUUUGUAUAUGAAUCGUCUUGCCAUACAAAAGUUAAAGAUUGAAAAGGAACCUCUGGAUACUGCCUAUCAAGAAGCAGAAACAAAACUCAAUUGUGGAUUGGAAGAAGAGAAGAAACGUACAGCAAAGGGAAUUGAAAAAGCUACGGCAUUGGUGAAGGAAACAAAGGAAAAUUUGGAUGUGAUGGAAGGCAAAGUACGGGAACUGGAGGAACCUAAUGAAAAAAAUGAAGUGGAUCAUCGGACAUUGGUAAAGUACCGUGAAGAUGUUACAAAAUUACUGGAUGAUGUAAAUGAACAUUUUAAAUCAGAAAAAGAACUCAAGGAACAAGUAGACGAUAUCGAAUUAUCAUUGCAACAGGUUGUUGAUGAUAAUGAAAGAGUCAAAAAGGUACGGGAAUUGAUCAAGAUCAGUGACAUGUCAUUAUUGGAAGCUAUUCUCGAUUUACGUCAAUCCAACAAAGAAUCAAGUGUUGGAAAAGGUCAAGUUUAUUUUCCUGAAAUUGCUUUUCAAUCUUUGAAAGAAGCUCGUGAACUAUAUCCUGAUCUACCUAGUGUUGAACCUCCUCAAGAAUAUAAGAAUGAAGCUGAUGAUACUGGUGCUUACUAUUCUCCUAUGCAACGUUAUCUUUGGGAUGUACGAAAACGAUUGACGACGUUGUUGGAAUGGUGCGAUAACAAAGUAUUGGAUCUUAUGGAUCAUGAAUCGAAACAAUUAGUGGCUUUGGGUGAAAAGGUGGAUCAAUGGAAUAUGGAAAGACGUCGCUUAGUGUUAGAUAUCAUUUCACAAUAG